AUAGGAAACUUGUAUCUUGUAAAAGUUGUAAAUAAAAACUAUUUUCAAUCAAUUUUUCCACAAAAUCCGAAACCAAUAAUCCAAUGGCGUUAGCACUCCAAAGACGGGCAAACGUCAGGUUGCCACCGGAGGUGAACAGAAUUUUGUACAUAAGAAAUUUGCCAUAUAAAAUAUCUGCAGAAGAAAUGUACGACAUCUUUGGAAAAUAUGGAGCUAUACGACAAAUAAGAGUUGGCAAUACUGCAGAAACUAGGGGAACAGCAUUUGUUGUCUAUGAAGAUAUAUUUGAUGCCAAAAAUGCUUGUGACCACUUAUCAGGAUUCAAUGUAUGCAAUAGGUAUUUGGUUGUGCUGUACUAUCGGUCUAACAAAGCAUUUAAGGGUAUGGACAUAGAAAAGAAACAAGAAGAGCUUGAUACGCUCAAAAAGAAGUAUGGAAUAUCGUCAGAAGAUCUUCGGAAAUAGAAAAAAUAAUUUGAAGUAUAAUAUUUUAUGAGUGGAGUCUUUUAAGAAUUAAUGAUAAGUUUUUUUCCUGGCUAA